UCACUCCCAAACUUGACCCCGGGCAUCGCCUUACCAACCAACAGCAUUUGCUCAUCUCGCGUCGGCAAGAGCCCAUAUGCACCUUGACGUUGGUGCCGGCCCUCCCCCCGAGGCCGAAAAUGGGGGCCAACAGCCUUCGGCCCCCUUCGGCCCUUCCCGGCGGCUGAUGGAGCAGGACUGCCGGGCCGCGGCCAAGGCUGAGCUGGGCUGGGCUGGGCUGGCCCCCCUUCCCUCCCCUCAGCACAGAGGGUGA